AUGUCGCGCUCCUUCUAUGUCGACUCGCUCAUCAUCAAGGACUCCUCGCGGCCCGCACCCUCGCUGCCUGAGCCGCACCCCGGGCCAGAUUUCUUCAUCCCGCUGGGCAUGCCAUCCCCGCUGGUGAUGUCUGUGUCAGGGGCCGGCUGCCCGUCGCGUAAGAGUGGCGCGUUCUGCGUGUGCCCACUCUGCGUCACUUCGCACCUGCACUCCUCCCGUGGGCCGGCGGGCUCCGGCGGCGGGGGAGCUGGGACCGGGAGCGCAGGGGCCGUGGGCAGUGGGGCGCCGGGGGGCGCCGGGACCCUGCCCCUGCUCAAGAGUCAGUUCUCUUCGGGUCCUGGGGACGCGCAGUUUUGCCCGCGCGUGAGCCACGCGCACCAUCAUCACCACCCGCCGCAGCACCACCAUCACCACCAUCAGCCCCAGCAGCCAGGCUCUGCCGCGGCCGCCGCGGCCGCAGCGGCUGCGGCGGCGGCCGCGGCGGCCUUGGGGCACCCUCAGCACCACGCACCUGUCUGUGCCGCCACCACCUACAACGUGGGGGACCCGCGGAGAUUCCACUGCCUCACCAUGGGAGGCUCGGACGCCAGCCAGGUACCCAAUGGCAAGAGAAUGAGGACGGCGUUCACCAGCACGCAGCUCCUGGAGCUCGAGCGGGAAUUCUCUUCCAAUAUGUACCUGUCUCGACUCCGGAGGAUCGAAAUCGCGACCUACCUGAACCUGUCGGAGAAACAGGUGAAAAUCUGGUUUCAGAACCGCCGGGUGAAGCAUAAGAAGGAAGGGAAGGGCACACAGAGGAACAGUCACGCGGGCUGCAAGUGUGUCGGCAGCCAGGCGCACUACGCGCGCUCGGAGGAUGAGGACUCCUUGUCCCCGGCCUCGGCCAAUGAUGACAAGGAGAUUUCUCCCUUAUGA